AUGGCGAGCGCCGACAACAUCAAGAACGGCACGGAAGCUCCAGCCAUGGCGACAACUGCCAAAGCCUCUGGACACCUGCGCGACCGCUCCUCGAAGAUAGCUGGCCCGAAGAUGCCUACUGCAAGCCCCUCCAUCAACAACACCGUCGCUCCCACCAACAACCAGUACUCCAACCGUACCGGGGCGACCAAGAGUCGCAAGCCCGCGCCUGCCGCCAGACCAGUUGCACCGCAGACCGCCAUCGAGCGUCCAGGCCCACCACCCGAGAAGAAGAGGAAGACGAGUGCGAUGACGACACUCGAAGGUGCCGCACUCCCAGAUCUUGAAGACUCAUCCGACGAUCGCAAAGACAAGCAACUCAAGCCUCGCAAGUACGUCGAGAUGCCCUACACAGCACGCGGACACAUCAACAAGGCGACACCCGAGGGUCACUACAACUCUCUUCUUGUCGACGUCACUCCUGUUGCGAUCAACAACGAGCAGCGAGUUAUCCAGGAAGUCUAUAGGGCAGUCUCACGCAAGAGCCAGUUCAUCAACUCCAACUACAUCGACACUCUAGAUGCAGAGCAUGAGGAACUGAACUGCCUGAAGUACGUCCAGGAGUGUCGUUCGCGGAGACAGGGAAAGGAGAAUCGCCUUGAUGACGAUGGCCUUGCCGGCCAAAAGCCGCUCAAGCAUUUCCGUGGUGCCAGCAGGGCGCUUCAGCAGCUCAAGACCGUCAAGACAUAUGAGAUCGUUCAGCAAGAAAUGUGCAGUAUCCUGCAGACCUGCCAGCAAAAGCUUGAGGAGCUGAAGAAUGAGACGGACGAAGCUGGUGAUGAUGACGAUGUUGUCAAGAUCAGCGAGAAGAUGGCUGCUCUUUCGGUCAUCAAGACCAUUGCCGGGGCAGGCCUCACUGCAGGGCGCGAAGGCGUUAGGACCAAGUACGAGGUGGGCAAGGUUUUGGUAUAG